AUGUCGGCAGCGACGAAAGUUCCCGUUGUCGCGGGCACGUUGGCACUCACUGGAGCAGUGGUCGCAUUAUGGAGACAUCCGGCAGUGCAGGACUUCAUUGAGAAGUAUUUGGGCACUUCUGCGAGCUCAACUAUCCUCAAGGCAUUGAUCGGGGCUGCGGCUCUGAUCAACUUGAAGCACCUGCCUGGCUUUUGGCAUAUCCGCGUGCUGCGAGGCAUCAUCUACCAGAUCUACUUCCAGAAACGGCCCAUACCCCCGAAGCACCUGUUCGCUCCCAUGAUCACGCACUCAUACAACACGCCAUACGACACCGACUACAACUUCCACAAGUCCAAUUCCACUUAUUUCGCCGACCUCGAUGUCUCCCGAGCGCAUUACAUUGGAGCAGUGAUCAAGACGGGACUGGCAAGACUCAACUCCGGCGACCAAGAAGGUCUGCCAAAGUCGAACAUCGAGGCAAAGGGAAAAUACAUCGUUGCACUGGGCGCUGUCAGCUGCUUUUUCCAGCGUCAGAUUGAGCCUCUGCAGAGCUUUGAGAUCUACACCAGAGUCUUGACUUGGGAUAGGAAGUGGCUUUACACCAUCUCGCACAUCGUGAAGAAGGGGGCGAUCAAGCCGGACUCAUAUGUUCUACAGCCUUGGAAGAACUCGAGGAAGCACCAAGCAGCCGUGAAGAAGGAGGAGCAGGAUCUUACGAAGCACAUCUUUGCGACAUCCAUCGCACGAUACGUCUUCAAGAAGGGCCGCCUUACGAUAAACCCCGAAAUUCCGUUGGAGAGGUCGAGACUACUCCCUCCAAGGCCCGCAGGCAUCGGCUUCCCUCCCCGUGAUGGCGAGGCAUCCGCUAACGGCACACCGGCCAUCUGCACACCGGCCACGCCCGCCGCGAAUGGGAACACGCAAACCGAUGUCGACGAGGUCAGCUCGAGAUUAGCCGACGUGGCUCACACCGCACAAUUAGCUGACGAUAGCUGGACUUGGGACGAUAUGGAGAAGGAGCGUCUGCGAGGGUUGGAACUUGCGACACAUUUCGAUGCAUUGAAUGCUGGUCACGGCGAACUAAGAGGUGGUGAUGUGCUUGGAAAGUACGGGGAUUACUGGUAG